GAAGAGAGCUCCGAGCCGAGAGAACGAUAGUCGACGGUGCGCGAAACGCUUUUUCGAGGAACCUUGUCUCGAGAUGAAUCAUUUACGUGAAUUUUUUAGUAAAGAAUCUUCUGUAUAGUAAGAUAGUGACAUUUUGUAAAAAUUACGUUUGUGAGGUUGUGUCGACGGGACAUUUAAUUGUGAGUGACACGGAAGGUUCAUCUUGAAGAGUGAAUAGGAUGUAUAAGGUAUUUGCUUUAUAUUGAAUAUUUAGAAAGUAAAAUUGUGUCAAGUAUGGGUAUGCUAAAACUCAGGGGUUGUAAACGUCAAAUACCAAAAUUAAUAUCAUUAAAUUCCCACAAGUUGUGUUAUUAAUUUGUUUUUAGCGUAUUGCUAGACAGAUUAAGUAUCAGCGAACAGAUUAUCUGUCCAUCUACACCUGAUUUUAGCAGCAUACUAGACUUCGAACAGAUUAAAUAUCUGUGGUCCGAUAAUUCUGGCCUAACUUAGUUCUCGUAAUUGGAGCACAUAGAUUCUCCGAUUCUCGAGGAAACAAGAGAGACACGCUAGCUCGUGAAUCGUAUCCACUUUCGCAGUGUUAUGUAAAGAAUCGUAACGCGUACACCGUCGGUUAGUUUGCGUGGUGGCUCGUAAUAUCCUGGUAUCUUUUUGCCAGAGAACGUGACUCGCCACCUGUAUCCCACACGUACGAUUCUUCUCGCGAGAUCCUCCUACUGUAAUCCUACACACCCGACUACUUCCGCUCCAUCCAUCAAUUCAAUGACUCGUCGAUUGUUUCUAUCCGUUAAAGUUCACCAAUGAACUCGCUCGCGAUCGAUCGUGUAUCUAACUCGACAGGCAAAUGAUAAAUUGAACUCGGCAGUUGCGCUUCGUAAUUACUGAUAUAAGAAAUAUCGAGGUGAUUCUUUUUGCAACCUUGUUCGCUCACGUACUUUAUUAACUCGUUCUGCACGAGUUUGUUUAAUUGAAUCCUGAGUCAAGUAACAUUUUUUCAAUUUCAUUUUUGAUAUUAGACUGGUAUGAGCUUUUAAAAAUAUCUUAGUGAAUAAUUUGAAGUAUGAACACUGACAAUGAAUAUAAAUCAAGGUUUCAAGGAUAUGAAGUACUUCAUGAUCUAUAUUGUACCUCGAUUAACGAACUUCAAUAACCAGCGAGCUAAUUGGCACAAUUAGCGCACUGAUGGUUCGCAGUUCGUUAACAAUCGAAGAAGCAAAACGAGAAUCUACUUCCUUCGUUUCUAAUUGCCUUUGUCCCUGCAGCAAUCCCGAUAAAAUUCAAAGAUCGAAAUUUCUGAAAUUUCCAAAUAUUUCCAAGCUUAUUUGCCGAAAAUUAAUGGCCCUUUCCCUGCACGCUCCCACGCUUAUUCGCGUCCGAAGAGUCGAUGCGUAUAACAAGCAACACGAAAGUAGCUAGUUAGAGUUAAUAACUCGAACCGCAAGCAUCCAGGAAAAGCAUAAUAACAGGCUCGUUCCUGAUCGAUGCUUUCAGAGGCACACGGACGAAACGAGGAGGAAAGCUCGGCGAGUAGCGGAGUCGUUUUGAAGCACCGUUUCUCGUUUCCCUCGGUGGGUCCUCGUCGAGGGAAGAGGAUUUAGCCCCUCCUCGAGGUCGACUUCUUCCACUCAUGGUGUUUUAUGGCACGGUUGUUUGAAAUUCUUCUGGUGGAGUCGCGCUCGUAUUUAUAGACCCGCGCGGGCUCGCGAGUUCACGCACGUAGAAUCACACGCGCGCGUUCUCCGGAGGAGACCGGAGGAAGCGGAUAACAGGAGAGAGAAAGAGGCCGCGAGGGGAAGGUGGGUGUGCUAAGGGUGAAACGAGGAAAGGAGAGAAGAGAACGCGUUGCGUCGACAGAGGGACGAACACGCGGCACGUCGCGAUCAUGAAGCGAUGCAUCCGCGACAGGAGCACCGGCCCGCUUCGUCGUCGAGCACGUCCUCGACGUCGUCGAACUGUCUGCGCUGGUUGCCCCCACUGGGAGCCUACCAUCCACCGGCUAUGAUCGCUCCACUGUCGGGGGCAAAUGCGGCCCUCUGGAUCAUCGUUUUGCUUCUCACCGUCUCGACCGCUCUCUGCCUCGACGAUCGCUCGAGUGGAAAUAGAACGUUCGUUCUCCAUGGAGGCAAUAACGGGAGCUUGUUGCACGUGACUAAUCAAGAUUCUUUUGUGGGACAAUUACCAAAGAACAAAUCCACAAAAUUAUCGUACUAUACAAACUGGAGCGAAUGGUCGGUGUGCGAUCGACACUGCACGCAGAAUCGCGUUCGAAGGUGUCGACUGAAGAAAAAAUGUGGAACCACGAUACUUAGAGAAGAACGUUCCUGUCAACACAACAGAAAAGGAAGAUGGAGGAGAUGCAAGCAACGACAGCGACGCGGACAUCGACGAAAGGAUAGAUUUCACGUAGUGCAGUUACCCAAAAAGGAGGCAGAGCCCAGACAAGGGAGACGAAGAGGCAAGGACAUCAAGGACCAGUCGAUAGGAUAUUAUGGAAAGUGGAGCAAGUGGUCACCCUGCACAAGACUAUGUACAACUCAACGACACAGGUGGUGCAAGAAGCCUGGAAUUUGUGUGCGAGACGUGAUCAGGGAGAGUGCCUAUUGCUACGUCGAGGGGAGUUACUGCCAAAGAUGGAUUGACCAAGAAAUCCGCAGAAGCCAGGAAGAAGAUAGCGACGACAUCGUACUAGAACUGAGCAGCUCCAACGACGUGAGCAGCGCGAUUCUUGAGAAGAGCCCUCAUAACUGGAAAUGUGGGGUAACGGGCACGCAAAAGACUUCCAGGCUGUCGUAUUUCACGAGGAUUAUCGGUGGACGUCCGUCGAUUCCUGGUAGCUGGCCCUGGCAGGUGGCAGUCUUGAACAGAUUCCGUGAAGCUUUCUGCGGAGGUACCCUGGUUUCUCCAAAAUGGGUGCUGACUGCCGCGCACUGUAUUCGAAAGCGUCUCUACGUUCGUAUCGGAGAACACGAUUUGACGGUGAAAGAGGGUACCGAGUUAGAACUAAGGGUUGAUUCAGUAACGGUACAUCCUGAAUACGACGUGGACACAGUGGAUAAUGACAUCGCGAUGUUGCGUCUCCCAGUCACGCUGACUACCUCGCCGUCGAGAGGAGUCGCAUGUCUUCCGGCGCCUAACCAGCCUCUACCCGCCAAUCAACUGUGUACAAUCAUCGGCUGGGGAAAGUCACGAGUCACGGACGACUUUGGUACCGAUGUUCUUCACGAAGCUCGAAUACCUAUCGUGUCUACAGAAGCAUGUCGCGACGUCUACGUGGACUACAGGAUCACGGACAACAUGUUCUGCGCAGGAUAUCGUCGAGGAAGAAUGGACUCCUGUGCAGGAGACAGCGGUGGUCCCCUUCUCUGUCGCGAUCCCAGGAGACCCGAUCAUCCCUGGACCAUUUUCGGGAUCACCAGUUUCGGGGAGGGUUGUGGGAAACGUGGGAAGUUCGGGAUAUACGCCAGACUGUCGAAUUACGUGCGUUGGAUCAGCAGAGUGAUGAAAGAUGAUUAUAAUUAAAAACUGAGGACAUUGUGCAUAGAAUCUGAUUAUUGUGCUGCUAGCAAGCGAAAGACUAGAACUAAUUUUAAGGAACAAUUGAGUGCAAGUUGAAAGACUGUAAUUGAUCGAACAGUUUCUAUUAAGGUUAAUGUCGUUUAUCAGUUUCUAAUUUACAUCACUUUGUACAAUGAAAAAUUGUCGUAUUUUAUACACCUCGGUAAUAUGAACAUAAAGAAAAAUGGCAGCAUAAUUUUAUUCUGUAACUAGGGACCAGGUUGAGUCUUCGCUCCUGAGCGACCCGCACGAGAAAAUAAUCCAGAAUUGUUUCUUUUUCUCUAAACUCUUUAUUAUCCAAUAAUACGAAACGUAAUGUGAAAAAAUCAUGAAACACUUUUGUGCAACACGACACUGCUCCUGUUUAUCGAAACUCGUGACAAAUAAAAAGCGGAGCGAUAACAGACGAUAAAGAAGCGAACGAACGAGAAAGAGGUCUUUUCCCGUGGAACGUGGCGCCACCUCUCGUCGAACGGUGAUUUCUUCGAACCUGGUAGCGAACGAGUAUCAGAGAUAGGUGCAGAUAAAGUCGAG